UGUCAUUUUCGCUGAUGGCCAUCGAGAGGAAAAAAGAGCAAAAAACUGUAAAUGGUGGACUAGCACUGAAACUGCACCAAAUUGUGCGCAAAAAUAAAAAAAAUCCCUUCGGUUGCAUUCGAAAAUCGUUUCGUUUUCCGGCGCGCGGCGUGCAUCGGAAGUGUAAUAUAGGAAAGUUCGUCGCAGGGAAUCGAGUGCGGGCACUUUUCGACGGAAAAACGGGUUUAUUGACAUUGGUAGUGAAUCCCAGAUUUUUUUUUGUUAUGCGAUCAUGAUCGUGUUGAAUUGAUUCCUGUGAUGUGCGUGUAGUGAAUUUAGGGUUCUUUUUCUGUAUUGAUUCAAAUUGGGAACGAGCAUUCUGAGCACCGAUCUGUUGUUUCGGGAGAAGAUCAGCGGAAGAGAUAUAAAGCGGAGAAUCAUCCACAAUGAGUCGUAUCAUAUUAUCUGUGGUUUGGUGAAAGCAAACUAGAUGAGAGCGAAAUGAUAAGCGAAGAAGUUACUAAUUGAUAAAACACCUUCAACGAACGACGACAAUCUACAAUGGCACCUGUUUACACCCAGAACGAAGCUCUCAAUGCACUCUUUGAGCAGAUCAUGAAUGUGCACUGGAAUUUCCUAGAAACGGACGAGUCAAUGCAGAAGAUUAAGCUUAGGCAAGAUUUGGAAGAUCUUAUUCUCCGGUACUUAUGUAACAUACCACACGAUCGAAAGUUUCUCCUCCCCCCAACGGUGAGAGUACUUCAAAGUUCAAUCGCAGAAUUGGAAGAUUUUUCCGCAUACAAAGCAGCUAACGGAUUUGAAGCAAUCAGCCAGUACGCAAACAACCUAUUCACAAAACCAUGGCGGAAGGAGUACAAAGUGAUCAAGAUGUACUCUGGCUUCUACCAGCACGAAAUAGCGGCCAAUCUGAUAGGAGCUGAGGUGCUGUUCGAGGAGAUGGGUUACCGAACGAUGCCAAACCAAACAAUGGUUCUUGAGGAACCCAUCUGCCCUGAUCGAGUUACCAACGUUUCGAGGGAUGCCUUAACGGCUAACGUCGAGUGCCGGAUCAUGAAGAAAAUUUAUCAUGGACUGUCUGAAAUGUCCCUUCGGGUUAACUGGUGUGAUAUCUACAAUUUCCGGGAGAGCAAUACAAUGGAUAUUGAGCAAUCUAUACAACACAUGGCUGCAUUGAUUCAGGAAAAGCAUCAGAAAACCCAACAAGCUAGGCGAAAAGAAUCGUAUGGCAGUACGCUAGCGCCAGCAAUUAGUUCUUGUAAUUCUUGCAAUCCGUAUCAGUUUCAUCCUCACAUGCAGCAGCAACAGCAACAACAACCGCCGGCUCCUCCUAUGGCUGUUCUCCCGCAGCAAACUCCUCCGAUGUCCUUCUGCGGUCCUCAACCCUUGUACAAUGCCGUUCCUCCAUGUAGUAUGCAUAGUCAACCACCAGGCCUAGCUUACGGUUAUCAUCAACACAAUAACUACCAAAGUUACCUGCCGAAUUCCCCUUCUCAACCUCACGUUCACCCAUCGGGUCAGUCCUCUGUAAUUAAUCCCCAUCAACCUACUCCUUUGGGAGCAAUACCCCAUUCUAAAUCUUUGGACCACUAUCAAAACCCUGCCGCAGCUAUGUACAACUUGACUGCUUGCAUGCAACGGCACUCGAUUGAUCAGGCCUUUGAUUAUGCCGCAGCUGCGUCGGCAUCGCACUACGGUGGACCGAUGGGAAUGGGCCCAUCAGCUGGAACUUACGAUGCAGUUGACAGUUGCAACAUCCCAUUCACCAAUCAUCCCUACAAUGUGUCUGGGAACCGGUUUCCUCUGCCCUAUAACCUUUCCGCCAACCUAGGUCCAUGUAUGAAUGGCAUGCCGGGAAAGCCAAACGGAAAUGAAUCAUACUAUCAAGCCAGUAUUAACGGUUAUCAUCAGAUGGCGCCAUAUUAUCACCAUCGCAACAGCAGCAAUGGUCCUAUUUUCGGACAACAAGCGCAACCCACUAGACAUGCUGCCGACAUAUACAUGAACCAAAACUUCGAUCACUCUGGUACGCAAACUCCUACAUCGAUUCUGAGCAAAAAGAAAACAUCCUACGACGAUUAUGAAGUUCCUUCAGUACGAAACGGCGGAGACGCCAAAAGCCCUGGAGACCUAAUCUACAUUGACACUCGAGAGCAAGCGAAGAAAGAACGAAAGAAAUCCGACCGUGGCGUUAAGAACACGGAUUUGCUAGUGGACUACGAAAGUGAGAUGCUUCCGGAAUCAUUGGCUGAGCGAAAUCAACAUCAGCAGCAUCGACACCACUAUUUGCAUCAUCAGACAUCGCGAAACUCACGGCAGUCCGACUUCGACAGCUACGAAGACGAACAGUUACAAACUGGAGCCAAUCAGCGCGCUACAAAUGUGACCAAGCGGAUUACCAGUAAGAAUCAAGACGGCAUUGGUUCAUACGAACAGUGGAACUACGUGUUCCAGAAUUUGGAGAAACAGGGAUACAACAAGGAUUUGGGUGAAAGGGGUGACUUCUUGGUCGACGUAGAUGGCGAAGAAUAUCCCGAAAUCGCCGCUUCCAGCAGGAAUGGUACAAUCAAACGCAGCAGCAAUGACAAACUGAAAGCUUUGAAGACCAGAUCUGCAGACAAGGUCGAUGGAAUACGCAUACCGUCGGUCAAGCAAACCCAAUCAACCAAACACGAUCGGGACAACGAACGAAACGAGGCAGUUGCUGCGCGAAAUGCUCAAAAAUCCCUAUCAGUACAAAGAGUCGUUAAAUCUUCUAGCAAUAACCAGGUGGACAAUAGCCAUCCGAAAGCCAAUAACGUUAGCAAUCCAACAACCCUCUCUACUGUCGGUGGAACAAUCAAUAGACGAAAUUCUAUCACUCGCAAGGUUUCGACCUCUAGUAAGGAAAACGGCAUAUCGGCUAAUGUGAGCUCAGGUGGUGGAAUCUUGGUUAAUCACAAUACUUCUUCUAAUUAUACUCCGGCGUCUGCUUCGGGAAAGAAGAAAACCACCAGCUUCGACACGGCAGCGGCAACUAUCAUCAAUCCGGACGAUGACCGCAGCCCUAGCAGCAACAAUAACGGUUAUGGCGGAAGUCGCAACGAAUGGAAUUGUGAAUUUUGCACCUUUUUGAACCCCGAGACCCGACGCAUCUGUGAAAUAUGUGCCAAGAGCCGGGACUUUAAUCUGAGCAGCAGCGGAACAACGACAACGGCAACCAGCAAUGGAACAGCAACCUGCGUCUGAACAGAACUCGUACAAUUGUGAUCUAAGAGUGGGACAGAGAAUAAUUCGAAGAUAAAUCAACAUUUUGAAAUGGUUAUGAUCCGCGGAAAAAACCGCAAAUUAAUAAUUCGCGACCAGCUUACAGGUCACCUAACUAGUCAGAAAUCAAGAAAUAUAUGAAACUUAUUAAAUAUAUAUUGAAAUUGUUAUACAUUACACUAUUUUUAGAUUACCUAAGGCAGAAAAAAUCUAAUGUCUAACAUUUGUAGCAAUUUCUAAACUAACUAUUGUAAGCUCAUGUUUCCCCAAUUACAAAAAUUUUAAUAAAAUAACUUUUCUUUGUUUGCUGUUGACAAGAGAAAA